UCACGACUCACGACGUGACUCAUCAGACUCACCACUACCCUCUCUGGUCACACAUCGCGUGAGAGAUGCAGUAGGCAUACGCACGCGACUGGUGCAAUCUCAUUCCUUCCCUCCCCCUGCCUCGUCGUCCCUGCCUCGGGGUGCGCUGAUCGCGGCACAGAGGUCCUGCUGUGGUGCAAGUAAUCCUCCUCUUGUGUUGCACAAAGCAAAGGUGCUUGGUACCGCAACAUGGCAUCGUCUUCAGGCUCAGCAGGGCCGCCCUCCAACCUCCCUCGAGCUGCAACAUCUUCUGACGAUGCGGCGUCGCAAUUGGCAGCAUACAGGCAAAGACACGGUUCCCGCGCACUGCAAUCUGACCAAAUGGAUGAGGACGAGGAUGAAAAACAAGUGGCAGCAGAGCUACUUGCUGAUAAUGCCGACUGGCAAAGGGUCGACCCGGUACAGCAAACUUCUGAACGAUUGGGCGAUGAGAAUGCGCUGAUUCGAGAUCUGCUGCGUUCACCUUCUGAAGAAGCGCCUGCUCAGCAACAGGCAAGAGUCGACCCUGUGGGUACAGCUGCCGAUGAGCGACAGGCACAGGCAACGCGAGCUGCAGCUCGGGCCAUCGCGCUUGGCAAUGUGACUGUGAAGGACUUGAAGAACAGGAAUUGUUGGAUCUGCGCAGAAGGGGACGCAGAGGAUUUGGACACAUCUAACGGUAGGACACAAAGGAUCAGGAAGUGGUUACACCCUUGUCAGUGCAGCUUGGUAGCGCACGAGGUUUGUCUCAGACGAUGGAUCAGGCAUGCGGAUCGACAAGGAAAGGAGCUCAAAUGUCCUCAGUGCGCGCAGCCGUACAAGCUCGACGUGCACAAGUCCUUGUUGCUGCGCGCUGGCGAGUUCCUGGAGCUUGCCAGCGCGCUCGGUCUGCCUGCCGUUUCCAUUGGUGUAGGUCUAUCUGCGAUCUUGCUAGGUCUCACAGCGUACGGAUGUGCGGCUACCAGAUCAUUCGUCGGAAGAGAUGGCUAUGCUAAGCUGCUUGGCGGCAAGUGGCCAUGGUCUCGUUGGAUCGAGAUGCCUCUCAUACCCUUUAUGCUACUGUUGGUGCGCCUGAAGCCAAUCGACUUUUUGUCCACGACGACUUUGCUUGCGACACUUAAUCCCGUAGGCAUUGUCAUCGCGCCAUCACCCAACAGCAUGGUACCCCCCAACCUCCUCAUGGGUCUGUUUCCUAGCCUGAGAAAGGACACAAGAGGUAUUUGGCACGUGCGUGCGGCCUCGCGCAGAAAUUGGCCGCCUGGUCCAGGCGUCACGCUUUUACUGUUCCCCUGGAUCAGAGCCAUCUACUCCAUCGUCAAGCGAGCCAUCACCAGACGCGUGCUUGCCCCUCUCGCACGGCGUGCUGCACCACAGCGCGACGACGGCAGGCCGAGAGAUGGCGCCGCUCGACUCGCCGGCAUGACAGAAGACUUCGUCGCGAAUGUUCAUUUCGGCUGGCACGAUAGACGUGAGGAACUUCAGCGUCGACAUCUUGGACAGGCUCAAGGUAACGCGAAUGUAGCGCGCCCACCUGCGCAGCCGAACGCGAUUGGACAAGCCGCUGCGAAUGCGGAGCAGCUAGCAGAGCAGGACCGACAGGAUGAGGAGGAGGUGGACAGACUGCAGCGUUUUAUACUUGAAGCUGGAGGCCCUCAGCCCGACCUUCGUCUGGCAGACGGUGUGCGAGAUGUAGGCCUGGAUGCUGAGGGCUUGCCACGGCCUGUACCUGCGGGCGCAGCCGCCAUCGACGAGCGCCCAGUCGAAGAGCAACGCCAGGAAGAGGAUGAAGAGGAUGAGGAAGACCCAGAGGAGGAGCAAGGGGACGCGCACGGUGUACACAACGGUAAUCAGCGACGAGUCACCAUCUACGUCACACCCACUAGCUUGGGUCGAUUCUUUCUUGGCACGCUCUCGCUGCCAUUCAUUGGGCAUGCCCUUGGACAAGCCUUAGCGUGGACUGCUCGCUCGUUUGAAUCAAAAUGGGCUCUGCGUAUCCUGGGCAUUGGUCAAGAACCGCACGCAGGCUUGACGGCCGGCAGCGCAAAAUCGUAUCAAUCUCCCGUCUCGGCGCUUUUCAAGACUGGAAACCCUUUUGGCCAUUCCUUCGACUUCUUGAGCUCUAAUGCGUCAUCGCAAGAACGAUUCGUUGAUCCCAAGCAACUGGACUUUGAUGAGAUGGAUCCGAUUUGGUGGAGGACUAUGAUAGGGGCCAGCCUGUGGAUCGUCGUCAAGGACGCUGCGCAGCUCUAUUACAGAGCCGCGAGGCUAAAGCAUGCAAAGAACAGAAAGAAUUUGCAGGUCGAAGAUAAACCAUUCCCUCCUCAUAUGGUUCCUGACUUGGAGCUCCGCGAGCGCAGGUAGCUUUGAGCCCUCUUGCAGUCGACUAUGGCCUGUCCAGAUCAGCAACUCUCAGCCCACCUACUCUCUUUGAAGAACAAGUGCUUCACCACUCGUACAGUACAGCGCAUCAUUCGGUUCACAAAAUGGCAAUACGAUUCUGCGUAGGCAGCACGCAUUGAUGAUGCCUUUGGCACCACUGAUGCUCAAGCCUUCGCCUUGCUCGAC